CCAAGACCACCAGAGACGACGGACGGACGGACGGAGACCGGAGCAAACGAGGCGGCCGGGGUCCGGAGCAGAGGACGCGUCCAAUACUACAACAGGAGCGCCCGAUCCUUCCCAUCCCCCAAGCUCGCCCGCCUCCGAUUCCCGCUGUCCUGUCCCCUCCAAACACCCUCCCGCCGAAGGCCUCCGAUCCAGGCCGCAACCGGGAUGGCGCGUGCCGGCGGGAGGAGGUCGGCGGCGGCGCCGGCGGCUUCGGGAGAGCCCUCCGUCGAGUGCUCUCGCGGCGGAUAACAGUCUGAUACCCCCCCACCCACUGCCUUCACUGACUGCUAGAGCCCCUCCUUGUCAGUACAGUGUUUGGUGCUGAAUCAAAUCCACUGAAGAUGCCAAGUUCUGAACCAGACAGUGAUGAUGUUUUCUUUGACGCAUUUGAAGAUGUUCGAUCUGCAGGGGAACCUUCAUGUUCAGAGGAUUGCAGCACCAGCGAUGAAGUUUCAGUGGUGAAAUUUGAGUAUGAGAUUUGGGCAAACGAGCCGAUGAGCGUUCAAGAAAGGCGGCAAAGGUUCCUCAAGGGAAUGGGAUUCGAUGAUUUCGUGUCUAGUAGAACAGAUUCUUUUCAAUGCCAUGGUGAAAUCACAGCCGUUGAGUCUUCCACUGGCAUGGAGGUGAGAACGGCCAGUUGCCAUUCUUCCGUGGAUUCAUCUGUUUGUGACAAUGAAUCGGAGUUUGACGGUGCCUGUUGCAUAAGGGAUAUGGAUAGUAGAAAGAGAGAUAUUGUCAAGGGUGGACAUAGCAGUAUAACUGACAUGCUCAAGGAGGUUGGAUCAGAUAAGGUGAUGUCUCUUCUGGAGUUCCAGAGUUUGCCUGGCCUCUCUCGGGCUGUUCAAAAUUUAGUUCGGAGGGGGUGUGGUAAAAGUCCUGCAAAAGAAACGAAAAGUGCUAAGAAAAUGGAUGCCAAAAGCUUGUGGAAGAAAUUCAUGAUAAAGAGAAGCUUUGGUAGCGUGUGCAAGUAUGAUGUCCAUGUGAAAAACUGCACAAAUAGUAUACCAACCAGAACAAGAGUUCAACAUCGGAAGAAAAAUUUCCUUGAAUUCUCUGCUGUCUACAUGGAUCAAGAAAUCAGAGCUCACAAGGGUUCAAUUCGGGUCAUGAAAUUCAGCCCAUCUGGCUGGUAUUUAGCAAGUGGUGGUGAGGAUUGUGUUGUACGGAUAUGGCAAAUCAUACAAGUAGAAGCAUCUCCUAAGUUGUAUAGGGGAGAGGACCCCUAUGAAAAAGUGGAGAAAGUUCAGGUCUUUAAGACAAGUAUAGAAAAGGGGCAGAACCAGGCACUUGCAGUUAUACCCAAUAAGGUUUUUCGUAUAUCAGAGACUCCAUUACAUGAAUUCCGUGGCCAUACAAGUGAUAUCCUUGAUCUGGCAUGGUCCAAAUCAGAUUAUCUCUUAACUUCAUCCAAAGAUAAGACAGUGCGCUUAUGGAAACCCGGCUGUGAUGGUUGUCUUGCAGUUUUCAAACACAAAGACUAUGUAACAUGUGUUCAGUUCAACCCUAUUGAUGAGAAAUACUUCAUCAGCGGUUCAGUAGAUGGUAAAGUGCGCAUUUGGGACGUGUUGGACAAGCGAGUAACUGACUGGGCCGAUACGCGAAAUAUCAUAACUGAUUUGAGUUACCAACCGGAUGGAAAGGGCUUUAUUGUUGGCACGAUUGCAGGCACAUGUCGUUUCUAUGAUCAAUCAGGUGAAAGCAUCCAGCUAGAGAAAGAAUUGUUUGUGCAAGGGAAGAAAAAGUCAGCUGCCUGUCGGAUCAACAGCCUAAAGCUAUGUGCAAUUGGUUCCAACAGGGUUAUAAUCACAUCAGGAGAUUCCAAAAUCCGAGUUGCCAAUGGUGAUACCAUCCAAAAGUUUGAAGGGCCUUGGAAGUCGAAGGCUCUGUCAUUACCGUCUCUAACAUCAGACGAGAGAUACCUCAUAUCGGCCGGCAAAGAUUCCAACGUCUACAUCUGGGACUUGGCCAACUCGAGAGACGACGCAAAGCCAGUCCACUCGUGCGAGCUGUUCUUCUCCAAGGACGUGACGACCGCAGUGCCAUGGCCGGGAGUGCGGCAACAAGACGGGCACGCGAGCGCGAAACCUGCCUGUGUGGCCGAGAAAUCCGCCAGCGCGCCCAUCCUGCGCCAGUCGGCCCCCGGGCCGUGGCCGUUCGUGGACGGCGGCGGCAGCAGCAGCAAGGGGUCGGCGACGUGGCCCGAGGAGAAGCUCCUUUCUGCAGCGAAGCCUGUGGAAAGCAGCCCGCGGCUGGACGACUGCCUCUCCAUGCUAUCCGCCGCGUGGAGCACGGUCAUCGUGACCGCCGGCCGCGAUGGCGUCAUCCGGUCUUUUCCCAACUACGGCUUGCCCGUCAGGCUGUGAGCUCCGUCACCGGUCUGGGCUGCUGGUCAGUGGAGGCGCAGCAGCCGUGGUUGGCGACUGAUGAUAGAUAACCUGCUAACGUCUUGAAGUUUUUUUUUCUCUCUCUCGUUUUUCUGGGCGGAGUUACUAGAAAUUCUUUUUUAUGUAAGCAUUUGUUAGAUCAUGAACCUUGUCAUGAA